AUGUUGGUCUACCUGAUAAAAGCACCUGUUCUCUGUCAUUAUUUGGCUUUCUUCACCAAUGUUAAUAGAUCUUUUUCCUUGCUAUCGUUUGGCUUUCUACACCCAAUUAAUAAAAGCUCCUUUCUCUGCUAUCUUUUGGUAAUCUUCAUCCAUUGGAUAAAAGUUACUUUUCUCAACUCUCAUCUGGCUUUCUACACCCACAUUAAAAGUUUCUUUUCUUUUGCAUUCUUUGACAUUCUUCAGUCCUUUGAAAAAAUCACCUGUUCUCUUUCAACCAUUGGCUUACUUCACCCAAGUGGUAAAACGGCCCUUUCCUUGUCUACCUGUUUCUUAUCCCACUUGAAAAGAAAGCUCCUUUUUCUCUGCCCUUUUUUUGGCAUUCUUCAUCCACAUGAUAAAAGCUCAUUAUUUGGCUUUCUUCACACAUGUGGUAAAAGGUACUUUUCUUUUCCAUUAUUUGCCUUUCUUCACCCCUUGAAAGAUGCUUUGAUUCUCUGGCAUCUUUGGCUUCUUCCACCAUCAUAA